GGGCCUGUUAUAGCCGAGGUGACACAUCUCUGCCCGGCCAGCUCGGGUGGCAGCUGGGUCAGCAGUUCACAGGAGCACUGACCACUCUUCCCUGGAGGCUUCGGGAUGAACUUGUGCCACCCAGACCCAGUGGAGCUGAGCAGUGGGGAAGCCGAGGAGCUGCAACGGAUCAAAUGGCACCGGCAGCAGCUUCUGGAGGACAUCCAGAAGCUGAAGGACGAGAUCUCAGAUGUGUUUGCCCAAAUCGACUGCUUCGAGAUGGCGGAGGAGAGCCGGAUAGCCCAAAAGGAGAAGGAGCUAUGCAUUGGGCGCAAGAAGUUCAACAUGGACCCCAUGAAGGGCAUCCAGUAUCUCAUCGAGCACAAGCUGCUGACCUCCGCUGCCCAGGACAUCGCCCAGUUCCUGUACAAGGGCGAGGGCCUCAACAAGACGGCCAUCGGCACCUACUUGGGGGAGAGAGACCCCAUCAACCUGCAGGUCCUGCAGGCCUUUGUGGACUGCCACGAGUUCGCCAACCUCAACCUCGUCCAGGCCCUCAGGCAGUUCCUGUGGAGCUUCCGGCUGCCGGGAGAGGCCCAGAAGAUUGACCGGAUGAUGGAGACCUUUGCCACUCGAUACUGCCUCUGCAACCCAGGCGUCUUCCAGUCCACAGACACCUGCUACGUCCUGUCCUUCUCCAUCAUCAUGCUCAACACCAGCCUCCACAACCCCAACGUCCGGGACAGGCCGCCCUUCGAGCGCUUCGUGUCCAUGAACCGCGGCAUCAAUGACGGCAGCGACCUGCCCGAGGAGCAGCUGCGGAACCUCUUCGACAGCAUCAAGAGUGAGCCCUUCUCCAUCCCCGAGGACGACGGCAACGACCUCACACACACCUUCUUCAACCCCGACCGCGAGGGCUGGCUGCUCAAGCUGGGAGGACGAGUGAAGACCUGGAAACGGCGCUGGUUCAUCCUGACUGACAGCUGCCUCUACUACUUUGAGUUCACCACGGACAAGGAGCCACGGGGAAUCAUACCCCUUGAGAACCUCUCUGUGCAGAAGGUGGACGACCCCAAGAAGCCAUUCUGCCUGGAGCUCUACAAUCCCAGCUGCCGGGGCCAGAAGAUCAAAGCCUGCAAGACAGAUGGCGAUGGCAAGGUGGUGGAGGGCAAGCACCAGUCUUACAGGAUCUCAGCCUCCAGCGCCGAGGAGCGGGACCAGUGGAUUGAGUCCAUACGAGCCAGCAUCACCCGAGUCCCCUUCUACGACCUGGUCUCUGCUCGGAAGAAGAAGAUUGCCAACAAGCAAUGAGCUUCGUGGGAGAUGGUGCUGGAGGUGCUGGGGCCAGGUGUCCCAGGAACCCCAUAAUCUCCCAGUCCAGGGCACCCUUUCCUGGCCAGCGGGCAUCCUCCCCCUCCCCCCACUACUUCAAGCUGACUGGAGGGAGUGGAACUGAGCUCAGGAGGGUAGGUGGGAGCAGCUGAGGGCCCAGAGCCAGUAACGAGGCCCCUCGCACCCAGCCACUGCAGGAGAGGCCUGAGGAAAGCAGUAGAAGAGAAAUCAGCCCAAGAUACUCGGGCCCCUGUCCUUUCUCUGGGCCUUAGUUUUCUCUUCUGGACUGUCUCCCGGCACUCUGAAACACUGUCAGUCUUCAAAGUGGGAGGGGCUGUGGGUUCCGAAGCUCCGCCUCCAGCGUGCUUUGCACCCUCAGUCCAAAUCUCCUGCUCUGAUUCUUGGAAAACCUGGAUGUUUGGACAGAAAUGGCUUGGGCCCUCUCCACCCGGUGAUGCUAGCCACAGCCCCAGUGCAGGUCCCAGCACUCAGUGAGCUGGCUGCCUCCCGCCUCUUUGAACUGCUUCUUCCAGGCAGAAGACAGGAUUGCACCAGGUCUCCCUAAGGAGAUUCCAGCUGGAGAUGUCUGCACCUGUUCACUAGCUGGAGGGGACUCUGGACUGAGAGCCAGGGGGAAGCUGAGAGCAGAGUGGGCUCCACCCUCAGGAUGUCCAUUUCUGGGGAGAGGGACCCCUCCAGAAAAUGGACAGAGCAUCCCAGACAGACGUAAUCAAGCAGGACCAACAAGCAGGCUUCACUGCUGACUCCACUCAUGCUCUUUCCAAGAGGCCAAGAAGAGAGCUUGUGUGGGUGUGGUGACCAGGAGGGCUGCCUGGAGGCAGCAGCCAAGUCCACAAGUGACACUGAGCUCAUGGUAGAGUCUCAGCCAUGAGUUCCCGGCGAGAUCCCUGAGCAGAAUUCCCAUGGAGGUGAGGGGCAGCCCAGCUGGGUCCCCGCAUCCUGAAACCCUCUGCAGCAGCGCUGUGCAGAGCUGAGCUGGCUUCCAGCACAUGGCACAGCAUGGCUCUGUCUCCAAGGAGGCCCCAGCCUGGGGGAGGGUUUUCAGAAGCACAUCUCACCCCCUCACUCGGGCUCUGGGGGAGUCCCCAGGGGGAAGUUCCCUGUGGAAAGCAGGAUAUGAGCUUGCCUGCGCCAGCCUGAGCAGGCGCGUGGGAGCUGGCUGGGUUCCCCGGAGAAGGGGGGCAACCUCUCCUCCCUCCACCCCCACCCCCACGUGCACACCUUCCACGGGGUCAGGAAGGAGCAGCCGCCUUGUGGACUGGGACCCCUGUCUCUGGGAGUGAGCAAAGGCCUGGUAACAAUGUCACCCUGAGGAGGGUCUGGGUUGGGCAGCUGCAGGAGGGGGUCUCACAGAACAUUUUAGGACUUCCACGGACCCCGUGUCAGCCUGGGAGCUGAGCACCGCCUCAGCCACCUCACUGGCCCGUGAAGGGGCAGCCAGGGGUCACAGGAGGAACACUGGUUGGGGGUCACAGAGUCUGAGACCCUCAUCUCCCCUGGCACACACUGUCUAGUCCAUUCCUGUCCCCUCUCUGGUCCUCGGCUCCUCCCCCGUCAUUGAGUGGGGAUCAAUUUCUAGGCAUGAGUGGCAUGAAUCACUCAGAAGAGAGAAUAAAAGUCAUGAGUGGGGCCCUGCCCUUUCUCUCCAGGACCACAGCUGCCAUCUUUGACCCCGCCCUGGCCCUUCCCCUUCAUCACCUUCCCAGCGCAGGGCAGGAGGGCCAGACAGGAAAGAGUGGGCCCUCAGAGGGCCCUGGACUCUCAACCUCAGGAACUAGAGGCUACUACACUGGACAGAUGUCCCCGUGGGCUGGAUUUGCCACAGGGGCUUCCUCAGAGCAGACACUGGGUGAGCUGGCUCUGCCAAGGCCAGGGGUAAAGCAAAAGAACUUCCCAGCAGGCACUGCUGUCCAAAGAGGAAGCGAGGCCGCCUCAGGACAUAGGGAGUAAGCUCCCUGUCUAUGGGGGGAUGCAAGCACAGGCUGGCUCCAGUGAUCCUCUGGGGUGUUCAAGAGGGGCUUGAACUCAGUAACCUUCAUUAACUUGUGUUUUCCACGAGAAUUAUUAAAUACCUCCAGUAUUCUA